AUGCCUCGCAGAUACUCUAUGCCAGAUCACACUGAUAACCCAGUGUCAGCUUAUGAAGACAAGGUUCCGUUCUUGGAAUACCCUUCGACAAGGAGAGAUGAUCCGACAAGAAAACAAUGCCUAAUUUAUUUUAUUCCUGGCAAUCCUGGUCUCAUUGCUUACUACGAACCCUUUCUCAGCGCACUCCGAAAACUACUUGAUGAGGUCGAAGCACGUGCAGACUGCAGCCAUGCCUUCACCAUCUAUGGCCGCAAUCUCCUAGGCUUUGACGACGGCGAUCACUUCCCGCUGUUUGGGACACCAACCGGCUAUGGAGAUGGUAGCAAAACUGAACCAUUUUCCUUCAAAGACAUCAUCGCAUCUGCCUGUGACUGGGUACGUGCUGUGGAUGUAAGGCUUCCCCGCCAUCCCGACGGAAGUCUCAGGCACUAUGAUGAAACGAUCCUUAUCGGACAUUCCGUCGGCGCCUACAUCGCUCUCGAGAUAUUCAACCACCAUCAUGCAGCGUACAAGUUCCCCGAAAUUGUGGAUGAUUGGGCCGGUUUGAAGCUUAAAGCUGGCAUUCUGCUUUUCCCCACCAUCUCGCACAUAGCAAGGUCGAGUAAGGGAUGGAAGCUGGACUUUAUCCGACGAACUCCGAUUCUCAACUGGCUGGCCCCCUAUAUUGCGAAAGGCCUCGUCAGCUUGUGGCCAAACUGGGCGCUUGAGGGCAUUUUGAGAUAUGCCUUGCGCAUGCCUGACCAUGCCGUUGCUGCUACUAUGCGUUUCCUGCGGAGUCACGAUGGAAUCCUUCAGGCCCUGCACAUGGGCAGGGAUGAAAUGAUGACGAUCACCGAGGUGCGGUGGAGUGAUGAUCUUUGGCAGGUCCAAGAUGUCGACCAGCGACUAAAACAGAGGACGAAGUUUGUCUUCUACUACGCCAAGUCGGAUCACUGGGUCGAUAACAAGUCCAGGGACGAGUUCAUCGAGCAAAGGAUGAGAGAUGUGGAGAACAAGCUUGAGUUCAUCAUUGAUCAAGAUGAUAUCCCACAUGCAUUCUGUCUGAAUCACAGCGAACAGGUGGCCAAGAAGGUAAAGGGCUGGGUCGAAAACAUUGCCGACUUGACUCCAUCUGCGUGA